UUACAUGAGAGCACAAAGCUCCUGCCCCCCAAUUCUAGGCUUCUUUCUCUAAGCACACUGAUCCUGAUUCCCCGCCCCCUCCGCCAAACCUCAGUUUCCUUACCUGGUCUCUCACAUAGGGUAUGGUGCAUACAGAGGGGUGGAUACAUAGGAAAGUCAGGAGUCUCUAUUGUUCACUCCACCCAGCUGCUCCUCUGCAGGCUUUCCUCGGCUUCCUUGUCACAUCUGUUUCCCUGGGGUUAACUCCUCUCUUGUUCUUCAUCUGAACAGGGAUGGAAGGAGGUAGUGCCUGUCUUUGAUCUCACCCUUGCUGGGUUAGUACUGACAUAGUGGAAGCCUUAUGAUGCAGGCAUGACACCUUCCUUGGAUACAUUCCUCUCUAAGGGGUUUGGGAGCCUGAGAGGGUAGUGGCAAGUAGGUGGCUCCCAGAGCCCCCACCGUUCCAGGCAAGUUGGGUAGGCAGCCUCAGCAGCCUGAGGAGAAAGACAGAGCAUCAAGAACAUUCACCAGGAAGGCCUGUUUCUAGGGAGAGGCAGUGUCUGGGUGACCACACCUCCCAGACUGGAGAAGCCCCUGUAUAUUUGAGGCUGAAGCUAAGGGGCAGAGAAAUGAGCCUAGGAAACCUGCAAAGGGCAUGCAGAGAGCAAGUCUUGAAAGUCAGGCAAAGGGGUUUGGCCUUGAUCCUGUAGGCAAUGCGGAAUAUUUGCCCCAACUGUGAUGCUUCCUGACUGAUGAUGUUAUAACAGUGCCCAGAAGCCAGAAGGCUGCAUUUUUCAGCUGAACAUACCUGAGUUGUCCCCACCAUCAUGGAGACCCAAAAGGAUGAAGCUGCUCAGGCCAAGGGAACAGCAGUCUCUGUGGAUACCCAGGACCAAUGGGCAGAGAAAGGAGCCAAGAGCAAGGCAGCUGAGAUGACAGAAGGGCCAGCAUCAGAGCAACCCUCAUCUGGCCCAGGUAGGCUGAAGAAAACUGCCAUGAAACUCUUUGGUGGCAAGAAGAGCAUCUGUACCCUGCCUAGUUUCUUUGGAGGGGGACGAAGCAAAGGUUCUGGGAAAGGCAGCUCUAAGAAGGGUCUUAGCAAGAGCAAGACCCACGAUGGCCUGAGUGAAGCAGUCCAUGGCCCUGAAGACAUUGUCAGUGAAGGAGAUGGCCUCUCCUUACCUUUGCCUGAGUCAUCCUGCCGACUUCCCGGCUCUCAGAGUGCCCAUGGAUCUUUGGAGGCAGACUCCAGACGCAAGACAUCUGUGGCUGGAGCCACAGAGAAAGCUAGGGCUGAGAAGGCUCCCUUUGUGCCCAAGCCAAAAAAAGGCCUGAAAGGUUUUUUCAGCAGUAUCCGCCGUCACCGGAAGAGCAAGGUCUCUGGGGCUGAGCAAAGUGAUCCAAGAGCCAAGGAGCCUGAGGGGGCCAGAGACAGGCCUCAUGAGCAUGUGAGCUCAGCCCUUCUGUCCCACACUGAGAACCUCCAAGCCCCAAGAAAGGAAAAUGCCAAAUCCCAAGAUGUCCCUGGGCCAAAAGUUUCUUCAGUACCAGAGACUUCUCCAGCAGCCACUGAGCAGACAGCCUGCAAAGAUCCAGAAAAAACCAUGGAGGCCUGUGCCUCAGCACUCCUGCAGCCCAAACCUGCCCCUGAAGCCAGUGGCCCAGAGGAGCCCCAUAGCCCAGAAACAGGGGAGAAGGUUGUGUCAGGAGAGGUAAAUCCACCCAAUGGCCCUGUGGGGGACCAGCUGAGCCUCCUCUUUGGGGAUGUCACAUCCCUGAAAAGUUUUGACUCACUGACAGGUUGUGGUGACAUAAUAGCAGAACAGGACAUGGACAGUAUGACAGACAGCAUGGCCUCUGGAGGCCAGAGGGCCAACCGAGAUGGGACCAAACGAAGUUCCUGCCUGGUGACCUACCAAGGAGGGGGCGAGGAGAUGGCCUUGGCUGAUGAUGAUGACGAGGAAGAAGAGGAAGAGGAGGUGGAAUUAGAGGAGGAAGAAGAGGAAGUCAAGGAGGAAGAAGACGAUGACUUAGAAUAUCUGUGGACAAGUUCCCAGGUGUACCCAAGGCCCAUUCUAAAUCCAGGCUACCAUCCCACCACAUCCUCAGGCCACCUUGGUUACAUGCUCCUUGACCCAGUUAGGUCUUAUCCUGGCCUAGCCCCUGGGGACCUUUUGACUCCUCAGAGCGAUCAGCAAGAGUCUGCCCCCAAUAGUGAUGAGGGUUAUUAUGACUCCACCACACCUGGACUUGAGGAUGAUUCAGGUGAGGCCCUGGGGAUUGUCCGCAGGGAUUGCUUGCCCCGAGACAGCUAUAGUGGCGAUGCCCUCUAUGAGUUCUAUGAGCCAGAUGAUAGUCUUGAGAACUCCCCACCUGGGGAUGACUGCCUUUAUGACCUCCAUGGUCACAGCUCUGAGAUGUUUGACCCCUUCUUGAACUUUGAGCCCUUUUCUUCCUCUCGGCCACCUGGGGCAAUGGAGACAGAGGAAGAACGGCUAGUGACCAUCCAGAAACAGUUGCUGUAUUGGGAGCUUCGGCGGGAGCAGCGAGAGGCCCGCGAGGCAUGUGCCCGAGAGGCUCACACCAGGGAGGCCUACACCCAAGAAACUCACACCAGGGAGGCCCAUGCUCGAGAGGCCCACACCCGGGAAGCUUAUGUCAGAGAGGCCCGAGCUCGAGAGGCCUAUGCCAGGGAGGCCUGUGGCCGAGAGGUCCGUGCUCGAGAGGCUCAAGUCCGAGAGGUCCAAGUCCGGCAGGAGAAGCCCAUCAUGGAGUAUCAGAUGAGGCCUUUAGGGCCAUCAGUGAUGGGCCUGGUGGAAGGGGCAUCAGGGGCCUCUCAGACUUCCCACAGAGGAACCACCUCAGCUUUCCCUGCCACUGCAAGCAGUGAGCCAGACUGGAGGGACUUCCGUCCUUUGGAGAAGCGUUUCGAGGGAACCUGCUCCAAGAAAGAUCAAAGUACUUGCCUGAUGCAGCUCUUCCAGAGUGAUGCUAUGUUUGAGCCAGACAUGCAAGAAGCAAAUUUUGGAGGAUCUCCCAGGAGGGCUUACCCUACUUAUUCACCCCCUGAGGAGCCAGAGGAAGAGGAGGUUGAGAAGGAAGGGAAUGUCACUGUGAGUUUCUCUCAGGCCCUUGUGGAGUUCACCAGCAAUGGGAACCUCUUCUCCAGCAUGUCUUGCAGCUCUGACUCUGACUCAUCCUUCACUCAAAACCUCCCUGAGCUGCCCCCCAUGGUGACCUUUGACAUUGCUGAUGUGGAACGGGAUGGGGAAGGCAAGUGUGAAGAAAAUCCUGAGUUCCACAAUGAUGAAGACCUUGCAGCCUCCUUGGAAGCUUUUGAACUGGGCUACUACCAGAAACGCGCCUUCAACAGCUACCACAGCCGAUUCUACCAAGGCCUACCCUGGGGUGUGAGCAGUCUCCCUCGAUACUUGGGACUGCCUGGCAUGCACCCUCGUCCUCCACCUGCUGCCAUGGCCCUCAACAGGAGGAGCCGCUCCCUCGACACUGCUGAGACCCUGGAGCUGGAGCUCUCCAAUUCUCACCUGGGCCAGGGCUACAUGGAGUCUGAUGAGCUUCAGGCUCAGCAAGAAGAUUCAGAUGAAGAAGAGGAGGAAGAAUGGGGCCGAGACAGUCCCCUGUCCCUCUAUACUGAACCUCCAGGGACCUAUGACUGGCCUGCCUGGGCUCCCUGUCCUCUCGCAGUGGGGUCAGGCCCUGCAGGAAUAAGUCCUAGCCAGUUGGGUGGGCCUUCCAGCCAGUCUCUAUAUGGACAGGCAGUCUGUUGCAUAUCUCCUGUCGCCAUGUCAAUGUUGCUGUCAGUAUCAGGGCCAGAGCCAAGGGCACCUGGGGAAGCCAAGUCUCAGCUAGCUCGACCUUCGCACCUACCCCUGCCCAUGGGCCCUUGUUAUAACCUUCAGCGGAAGGCCUCCCAGAGUCCGAGGGCCAGGCCUCGAGAUGUGCUGCUGCCUGUUGAUGAACCCAGUUGCUCCUCCAUUCCUGGAGGCUUCAGCCCCAGCCCUCUGCCCCAGGCCAAGCCUGUAGGCAUUACCCAUGGCAUCCCUCAGCUGCCCAGGGUCCGGCCUGAGCCCCCAGAGCCUCAGCCCAUUCACUAUGGGGCUUCCAGCCUUGACCUGUCAAAGGAGAGGGCUGAGCAAGGUGCCUCUCUCCCCACCAGCUACUCCUCCACUGCCAUGAAUGGAAACCUAGCUGAGUAGUCAUCAUCAGUUCUGGAGUGGGGGGCGUGGGGCCUGAGCAUGUGAAUGGGGAUCAGGGUUGGGCAGAGGGGUGGGGGGUGGGGGUUGCUGUUUAACUUGAAAAUCCUUUUGACCAAGGAAAGCUCCUAUGAGUUUUCACCUUUUUUUUCCCCCACUUCCCUUGUCUGCCAUCUGUGGCCACAUUCAGCUCAAGUACAUCUGCCCUGGGAGAUCGCUGCUGCUGCUGCUGUGCUUCAAUUUUCGCUUUUGGGUUUUUUUCUUGUGACCCGUGCAGGGUUUGGGAUGCUGUAAUUUUGUGCCUAUUCCAGUUGCCAAGGUAGUGAUUUUAUAUAUAUAUAUAGCAUGCAUCCUUGACACAGACUGAACCCUUAGCACCCUCCGCAACUUCUCCACCCAGUGAAUGAUGAACCACUGAUGAGCAGCCGCAUCUACACUGCCUCCCACUUGGGGACAGGGAGCUUGUUUGCUGUUAGCAAUGUGAAAUUACGGUACAGAUCCCCCUACCCCUACUUCCUUUGGUCUUGGCAUAGCUGCCACCAUUACAUCAGAUGAUAUAAUCUAUUAGCCCCAGCUAGCUGUCCUCAGAGAGGAUCAAGUAGCAUGUGUCUCACUGCCUAUUGCUGUGGACUUUGGCAUCAUAACCAGAUGAGGGCCUUUUAUCCUGGCCUGCUACAGCUUGGGUUGAAGACAAAAACGUUAAUUCCCUUAAUGGAGUGAUCAAACUCAUCUCAUUGCAAACAGAAGACAAAAUAGCGUUCUAUUGUAGACACUGCCAUAAGUCUUGAGCUCUGGAAUGAUAGGAUUUUUUCCUUCUUUGUUUCUUCAAGCUUGUAACUGCCUGAAUUGCAGAUGCUUUUGAAUUUUGGUUCUUUUUUCCUCCAAAGGAAAUUUUUAUUAUCUCAUUACAAGGAACACAUUCUUUUAAUUGAUAUACAGGAAGAGAAGCGGCCUAAAUUAGGUUUGGCUGUAGGGGCUGGGGUUUUUGCAGGUUGCAAGAGGAUAGAAAAAGGAGGUUCAUUUGUCCAGCCAUCAGGAGAGAGGAUUUCAUACAUUGCAGAGCUCAUGGCAACUCAGCUUCUUUUGGGAAAAUUUCUUCCCCCUUAAAGACAAAAACUUCCUUAAGCCUUGCCUACCCCUUCACUGGAUUCAGUAAAGAGGCUCCAUGCUAGCAUUCCCAAGAGACAGGACACCAAGGGCAUUUAGGCUGCUGUUCCAGGCUCUCUAAAGACCUUUCAUUUUCCAAUUAGCCAAGUUCUUAGCAUCAUCAAAGGACCGUGCUUCUUGAGAGAAAAGACUGUGACCUGCCCUUACUCUGCCAAGCUGAAGGACUGAUUUGUGUGGUAAUUGCAGCCCUUUAUGGAAUGAAUGGCACCCUCCCUUCUGCAUUCACACAGUUUUCAUGUUAAACUAGCUUGGAAAUAUUUGUGGGGAAGAGUUGCUGUCAGGAAAACAUCGCAACAGGCUAAUCUUGCUAGGCUCUACCUCAUUAAUCACCAACAUGAGAGGGGUCCUUUUAAAUUUCUUUAUUGGAAAUGGUUAUGGAACAUUUUUUACCUGGAUAUGUUGACCCAAAUUAUGAUCCUUGCUCCCCUGACCCUAUCCCCCACCCAUCUCCAUGCCAGUUAAGAGAAGUGGUAAACAGGGCUCUUGCUAUUCCCAAGAUAUGGCAACUUAGCUUAGGAACAGAUGCUGUUGGCCCCCCAAGUCAAGAUGACUGUGGGCAAACCGCCACCUGGACAAGGGAUGUGUCUGUGCUGGUCUUUGUCACCAUUUCUCAGAUUGGGGUUGGCCCAGUGCCCCUCACCACAAAGAGCAAACCUGGAUGGUAGAAGCUGUACCCCUGGAAGCACCACAUGAAUUUGCAUGGCACUGACACCAACACUCAAGGGACCCAGACCAUCUCUCCAGGCUGACUUUGUCUGCAUUGUGAAGAAAUGCAUUAGUCAUGGAGCUGGAGAAUCAAAGAGGGUGAGGAAGGCCCUCCUCACCCCUAGCACAGCAUUCCAGGAGAGAAGUGCCCAAAUUCUGGCCUCUCACCAAAGCUGACCUAUGAGAGUGGGGCUGAAAUUGGCCUGGCUGUUUGGCAGGCAGGAAACACUCACCAAAUGCCUUUACAACAGGGGAAAACCCACCACUUGCCUCUUCUGCCUCUGCUUGUCCUUCAUGGCAGCCUAAGCUGCUGUUUAUAUGUGGACUGUGCCAGCCACAGCAGGUAGUAGAGCCAUCACCAACCUCCAGAGCCUGCUGAGUCUAUCUGAGAAGAGAAAAAGUAGGUUGUCAGCCUUUGGCCAAGGGCUGAGAGCUGCCCUCUGUAACAAUAGGGCAGCAAGAGGUGCCACCUCUGCAGGGGGCAGUCAUAGCCUUGACAUACUUUGCUGGGCUUUGGAAGGUCGCAUAUCACAGUAAGUUUUAGGACUGAGCAUCAGCUCAUGGUUUGAACAUUGUUGCCUGCAAGUCCUUUCACUGUCCCGGCCAGCCCAGAGACAGGAUCCUCACCAGCAAAAGUAAGGCAGUCAGGGUGCAUGGCUGCAGAAGCAGGCUCCUCUGAGUCUCACUCUAGAUCCAAGCAGUUCAUGGCUGAAUCCCAGCUGCAGCCUAGAAGAGGAAGGAAGACUGGCUGGGGACUCAUGAUGACAGAACAGGGUGACACUGGGAGAGCCAGUCAAGCUCCAGGCCUCUCCCCAAGCAUAUGCCAGUGUUUGCUUAGCUAACACCAAAUAUGUCCCGGACUACUAAAUGUGUAGAUGUAAAGUCCACAAAUGAACACCAUUUCUGCACUGCAAGGUCAUGGGAUAAUGCUUUUGGAUAUGACUUCAAGGGAAGAUAUGACUUGAGAGAAGGUGACUGCUCUUAUCUUGCUACCCAGCAAGCAGGCUUAUGUAGUGUCAGCUCUGAUCCUGAGAAUUCUCAAAUGAGACUGGUCUUCAGGGGACCAGUGACUGGAUAGAGAAGGCCACCUAGAAGGUCUCUCCCAGGGCUGUCAGUUUCUUAGUGCUUUAACACCUUCAAGGAAGUCCUGCCUUGGGGCUCAGUUAGGGCCUGCCCCAAUCGUCUGGACUCAGCUUGGGCACCAGUCCAUGAGCCUCCUGGGCCAAAGGCUUUGGUCAAAACCAGUCUUUCUCCCUCAGUACUGUACCAAGGAGGGAAGUAGCUUCCCACACCCAGGGUGCAUUCCCCUCAUCCUGCUGCCAGUGACUUUCCCACCCUUGCCAGUGCUACCACCCCACCUACCCUCGGCCCCUGGGCCCAAUAGCUAGAGGGAGGCAUAGGGGGGUUAGCAGGGAGACUUCAAGUUUACCCAUGUGUAUGUUGCAUCCAAGUUGUUUUUAAUAUAUAUAUAUAUAUAUAUAUAUAUCAAAAGUCAAUUAUCUAUUUUUGUAUUGUUUGCAUUUUAUAUUCAUGGAAAACAAUGUUUAUCAAUUGUUCUUUUCUGAUAUAUUUUAUUUUUAAGCGGUGCUGUUUACAGUUUUAGACAAAACGAAGAUGACACAAAAAUUGCUGCUUGUGCAGAGGGCUGGCAUCUCAAUUGCCCAGGACUCUCGCUCUUUCCCCUCUCCCCAUCCCUGAUGUAUCGUACUGUCCAUACCCUCCCUCCAUGAUAGGGACAGCAGAAGAUGCCCAGGUACUAAGACAAAUGCCAGGUGACUCAGGCAUGUGGAACCUGGUAGACAGUGUGUUGUUUAUGGUUUAUUUUUUUCUUUCAGACCUUGCCCUUACCCGUGUAUAGACCUUCUGUCUCUCUUUCCUCUUUAUGUUUUGUGCUCUAGCUUUGAAACCAGAGUGCCCACGUUUUGCUAUUUGUCGUGUUGAGUUUCUCCAAAGGAGCAUUUUGGGGACAUUCUCCGCCCAGUGAGGAGGGCAGGGGGUUUCAACUAUUCCCCCUCUCCCCAAGAAGCUGGGGGAGAUGGAUGGAAGUGAUGCUUGAAUCAUCAGGAAUUGACCAUCUCAUUGAGGAAACCCUUACAUGGGACUUUCCAGGAGCUCAGUUGAUUGUGAUAUUCACCCAGAAGAGACGUUGGGGAAUUCCUUGACCCCUCUUGCUGCUUUGGGGGAAUCUCUUCCUCUGCCGCCAUUCUUACUCCCCUGCCCUGCUCCAGCUCACACAUGGAUGGGACUUUGGGGAAUAGUGACUGUUAGGGUGAUGGCUUGCUGGCCUGAUCCCUACUUUUCCAUCCUAUAGUCACUCCAAAGAAGAAAAUCCACAUGGCGUGUAUAUGUGUGAGGGUUGGGCCUACUGAGAGGCAGGGCUUUAAUUAUUAUUCUUGUUACUAUUGGUGCUUAUUUUCCCUGAUGUAUAUGGGGUGGGGGGGGGGAAGAAACCAGGAAUGUAUAUUUAGGUCAUGUUAAAUAAAACGGCUGGGGGACAAAGGGAAGAAAUUAGAAACUGCAGUACAUCCUCACCCCAGGUGUAAGAGUUCUUUCUCUCCCAGUGCAAAAAGGGGAGCAUGGCCCCUGGAUGUGCCCUAACUUCCCCUUCCCUAUCCCUGAGACAUCAUGGAAUUGCCUGGAUUGUGAUCUCUCCAAUCCUAGUUCUCAUUGACAUCUGGAUAUCUUGAUGCACUGCCUGUUUGUAACAAAUAUUUCUUUUGCUGAAUGCUAAUAAACUGGGUUCAAGAGGGACCCCCAGUCACUAAAG